AUGAAGACUAUAUUGUUCGCAAUUGUCUUGUUGGUUACUUUGUUCUUAGCAAGCUCUGAGUCCAAAUAUACCAAGGGACACCUCAGCACCAGCUCCAACUGGCACUAUGUCGACAAGUUCUGUUUCAGUGCUAAUCGUAUUGCAAAUGGAACAUUGACAAUCAAGGCAACAUCAAACAACCCAAACAUUUCAUUGAUCGCUUAUGAUGAUGUUCAGGGAUCAUGGUUCGCCGUGUACAAGUCACAUUUGAGUUGCCAAGAGAGAGUCAACCUCGGCAAUAAACUCGGCAGCGUAAACUUCAAUGGCACCGCCGUCACAAUUCAAGUGCUGGACGCCAUGCGUCCACAUUAUUGGUACGUGGUCGCCGUCGAUUGUUCAGGCAACUCGCUCAACAUGGACUACGAGUUCACCUGGCUCAACGCCGGCAACAUCUGGAAGCGCCAGUUCUCCAACGAUGACCAAGGUCUCGAGCAGAUGUACCUCACCUACUUCUGGUUCUUCCUCCUCCUCGCUGUCUACAGCUGUUACUCUGGUUGGGUUCUCACCACCACCAAGUCAUACCACCCAAUUGUUAAGUUAUUGACCAUCUCUGUCGUGUUGGAGUUCCUGUCAGUGUUCAUACUCUUGAUUCACUAUGGUGCCUAUUCACAUGAUGGUGUCGGAGCCAAGGGUCUCCUUGGAUUUGGUGAAUUGCUCGACUUGGCAUCACAGUUGACAUUCAUUAUGUUGUUGAUCCUUAUUGCAAAGGGUUGGGCCAUCUCUAGGAUCACGAUCGAGGAGAAGCCAAUCAUUCUUGGAGUGAUGGGUGUGUUGUCUGCAUUGUACUUGAUCAUGUUCAUUUGGUACAAGGCUGGCCAGGACCCCGCCUCCACCGUCUACAUGUACGACACAGUGCCAGGCAUCCUGCUGCUGGUGGCACGCUCCCUGGCCAUGGUCUGGUUCAUGUGGUGCGGCUACAACACCUACAUGGAGGAGAACCAUCCAGCCAAGCGCAAGUUCUACGUCUACUUUGGCGUGUGCUUCUCCCUCUGGUUCCUGGCUCUGCCAUUCAUCUGCAUCAUUGCGUCGGCCGUCGACCCAUGGGUCCGCCAGAAGGCUGUCCUUGCCAUGUAUGUCACCUUCAACUUCCUGGCUCUCGUCGGAAUGUCCGUUCUCCUUUCGCCACAACGUGCCAGUGACUACUUCACCAUCUCUGGACGUGUUGACACUGCUGGCUCCCUCCCAUACGAGUCCAUCUAA